GGAAAAGCUGUCUAGCUUUAGGCGUUUUUUUCACCAAAGGUUGAUAUCAUCUAGAUCAUUCUGUUUACUGUUCUUACUUUGGUAACAUUUUCAGUUCAGAAACACUUCUACCUAAACCUACAGACGUGUUGAUGAUGAAGCAGUGAAGAAUGGGAGAUAGCAAAGGCAGAUAGCUGACGCCUCGCGUAGAGACCCAAAGAAAGAUGGAAGAAAAUCCUAAUUCUUUGUCGCCUCGACGACAACUAUCGAGCAGUGAGAGAGCACUCGCGGACGCAAUACGCGCGAGGUUUGCCUGGAGGGGAACUCCAAGCCCAACGCCAGACGAGGCAAAGCAAGAAGCGUCCUUUGUUCAGCAAGAAGCGUCCUUUCAGCAAGUGCGAGAAGCGUCCUUUCAGCAAGUGCGAGAAGCAUCUUUUCAGCAUCGCCCGGGCCGUGCUCCUUUUGCUGGACUAGGACUAAAAUCUUCUGAGCAAGUGCCAGGACGUGGAGUGCAUUCUGAGCAAGCAACAGGACGCGAGGUAAAAAAGGCUCCUUCCGAAUCGACGCAAGGAGGAGAACAUCGCAGUCCUGGAGUGGAUCGCACUAAGCCUACACCAAAGGCACAACAAAGGAACUCUAAUUCUAGUAGGGCUACUUCUAGUAGGACAACCACAACGACCAGCGCGCGCGCAUUCGGUAACAGCUAUGGCAAUGGGUAUGGCGGCGCCUCAUCGUCAUCUUCCCCUGACAAAUCCAACCUAUCCCACUUUUUCAACAAGGUCAGCACAAGAGGAACGACAACGCCAUCGUCUUCAACAAGGCCGGGAGGACCAACUACCAGAAGAACGCCGUCUUCUACAAGUACAACGAUUACGGCCACAAGGCUUUCAUCUGCUGGAGUAAAAAUCGUGC